AUGUCAUCAGUGGAAUCACACCAGAAACAGUUGAUGUCAGAUCCAUCCCCAUCACCAAACUCAUGUAGUUCCUUUGAGCUAAUAGACAUGGAUGCUGGCAGUUUGUAUGAACCAGUUUCUCCUCAUUGGUUUUAUUGUAAAGUAAUAGAUUCUAAGGAGACAUGGAUUCCUUUCAACUCUGAGGAUUCACAGCAGCUGGAAGAAGCAUGUAGCUCUGGAAAAGAUUGUAAUGGGAAAGUUGUCCCCACCGAUGGGGGCCGGUAUGACGUUCAUUUGGGGGAGAGGAUGCGGUAUGCUGUGUAUUGGGAUGAGCAAGCAUCAGAAGUGAGACGAUGUACCUGGUUUUACAAGGGAGACAAAGAUAAUAAGUAUGUUCCCUAUUCAGAGAGCUUCAGCCAAGUAUUAGAGGUAGUUUAUAGUCUUUCUUUAACCAGAAAAGAUUCAGUGGUAUGUGCUGAAAAUAGGAUUAAACAGUUUUUGGCAUCUUUUCUAUUUAAGCUUAUGGUGCAUUACCAGCCAGUUGCAGGGUCUGAUGAAUGGGGUUCCACACCCACUGAGCAGGGUCGACCAAGAACAGUGAAGAGAGGGGUUGAGAACAUCUCUGUUGACAUUCAUUGUGGGGAACCUUUACAAAUAGACCAUUUGGUUUUUGUAGUCCAUGGGAUUGGACCAGCUUGUGAUCUCCGCUUUCGAAGCAUUGUACAAUGUGUUAAUGAUUUUCGCAGUGUUUCCUUAAACCUGCUACAAACACAUUUUAAGAAAGCCCAAGAAAAUCAGCAGAUUGGGAGGAUAGAAUUUCUUCCAGUCAACUGGCACAGUCCUUUGCAUUCUACUGGUGUGGAUGUAGAUCUACAGCGAAUAACCCUGCCCAGCAUUAAUCGCCUAAGGCACUUCACCAAUGACACAAUUCUGGAUGUCUUCUUCUACAAUAGCCCCACCUACUGUCAGACUAUUGUGGACACAGUUGCUUCUGAAAUGAACCGAAUAUAUAUACUUUUUCUGCAGAGAAACCCUGAUUUCAAAGGGGGUGUAUCCAUUGCUGGUCAUAGUUUAGGUUCGCUUAUAUUGUUUGAUAUCCUAACAAAUCAGAAAGAUUCUUUGGGGGAUAUUGACAGUAAAAAGGAUUCGCCAAAUAUGGAUCAAGGAGACACACCGACAAUAGAGGAAGAUCUGAAGAAACUUCAACUCUCUGAAUUCUUUAGUAUCUUUGAGAAGGAGAAAAUAGAUAAAAAAGCUCUGGCUUUAUGUACAGACAAAGAUCUUCAGGAAAUUGGAAUUCCCUUAGGACCAAGAAAGAAGAUAUUAAAUUACUUUAGGACCAGAGAAAAUUCAAUGGGCAUUAUUACAUCAACUCCACAAUCAGCUUCAGGGUUGAAUAUGUCUAAUAUCCCCAAAUCUGAGUUCUGCAGUAGUGCUGAUGGUACUGGAAAUGACUAUCUGGAUGUUGGCAUUGGGCAGGUAUCUGUAAAAUACCCUCGACUCAUCUAUAAACCAGAAAUAUUCUUUGCCUUUGGAUCUCCCAUUGGAAUGUUUCUUACUGUCCGAGGACUAAAAAGAAUUGAUCCCAACUACAAAUUUCCAACAUGCAAAGGUUUCUUCAAUAUUUAUCAUCCUUUUGAUCCUGUGGCCUAUAGGAUUGAACCAAUGGUGGUCCCAGGAGUGGAAUUUGAGCCAAUGCUGAUCCCACAUCAUAAAGGCAGGAAGCGGAUGCACUUAGAACUGAGAGAGGGCUUGACCAGGAUGAGUAUGGACCUUAAGAACAAUUUGCUAGGUUCACUGCGGAUGGCCUGGAAGUCUUUCACCAGAACUCCAGACCCUGUCUUACAAUCUUCUGAAACUACAGAAGAAGCUGAAGCAGAACCUGUGUCAAGUUCAGAGAAGCCUAGUGAUGUUAACACAGAAGAGACCUCUGAGGCAGUUAAAGAAGAAGUCCCCCCCAUCAAUGUGGGAAUGCUGAAUGGAGGCCAACGCAUUGACUAUGUGCUGCAGGAGAAGCCCAUUGAGAGUUUCAAUGAGUAUUUAUUUGCUUUACAAAGCCAUCUAUGCUACUGGGAGUCUGAAGAUACAGUAUUGCUGGUCCUCAAAGAAAUCUAUCAAACCCAGGGUAUCUUCCUUGAUCAGCCUUUACAAUAAAAAUGAAUCGUCUAUGGCUGUCUAAUAUGGACAUGGAGGGGUCCUUCAACAGAAAAUCCACCUGUUUGUUGCUGCAGUUUUCCUCUCAGCUGCGUCAUUUCUUGCAUGUUGCCUGUCACUCACCAUUGGGGGCUUUGGAGGAUUAUCUUCCAUUUUGGAAGUGAGUGGAAAAGCAAAGGAAAGACACCCUAUUAUUUUUUACCACUGGCUUCAUAUAAAUACUUGCCAUUCUUUCUUUAUAGCUGGAGGUGGUUUGCGUCCUUAAUUCUUUGAUGACAUUAUAUAGGUACCAGACUUUAUUGCCUAUCACUUGAGAUGGUAGUAAAUCUGCUUUGAGUUUGAUUUGUUUUGGGUUGGUAAAAUUUUUUCUAGGAAAUGUUUUAGUUUGGAAGCACACUGUUGAGAUUCAGCAGGUAAUUGGGGUACAUUCUUCUCUCACUAGUGUUCUCUGCAUUGAAGGCUACGCCUAAAUGGAUAUGGAAAAGACUGUUGGGCAGUCAAAUUCUGUUGAGCUAUCUUUUCUUUUCUAUGAAUUCUAUAUGAAGAAAGACUAAAAUGUAACUUGAAGAAAUUAUUAUUACUCUCUACAGCUGAGUGACAGGUUUAUUGUUAGGAAUCACUGAUGCUAUGCUGUUCAUUGUUUUUCCAGCUGUUUGGAUUCCUCUGAGAGUCUGAAGUGGACAGUUUAGUUCACAUUUGGUACACCUUUAUAAAGCAAAGAUGCUGUAUAUCUAGAGGAAGUCUGAUUUAUUAUUUGGUAGUAGCUUCUGUUCUUAAGUUGAGGGUAAAGCUAUAAAGGCUGACAAACCUGAAAUUAUACAGCCUUGAAUAAGUAAAAUCUUACUCUUGCAUUUAUGGUGAAAUACAAUUUGUGUAAGUCACCUGCCAUAUUAACUUGAAUGAAGGUAGUAUUGUGUGUCCUCUUUAAAAACACUUUGUGAACAUCAUUGCCUACUUAGGGACCCAUACACCAGAGUGCUUAUUUAAAAGGCUCAUGGCACAGGCAGUAUUGGUUGAGCAGGUAGGUUUGGCUAUGCAGUAGUCAAGGAACAGCUACUCCAGAGUCAGUGUCAGAACAUGCAAAGUGAGAUGUACCUUGAAGAAAAUGGGUGAAUGUGACUGAUUUUUUUCCAAGGCAUCUACUCACCACUGUCUUUCUCAUUGGUCAGUUUGUCAUUGUCUUUGCAGUGUUCUUUGUGAUACACUCCUCUCAGAUUUCCACAGGCCAUUGAGUGGCAUGCCAGGCAAGCUAUUUUUUGUUUGUUUUUAAUAAAGGUAGCAAGGUAUUGUGAAAGCACUGGCAUUUAACAUUCACUUAAGCCAUCCCUUGGAAAGCAGUGUUUAUCCCUUUCUGAAGAAAAAAGGAAGGGGAAAGUUAAUUACUGUCAUCUAGAGAUGGUAGAGGUGAGGUUGGGGUAUAGGUCAGAGCCUGGCCUUUCUUUGCCCAUCUGCUUUAUAGACUAAUGAUGACUAACCCACUAAGUAGUUUCAGAUAAUAUUGAAUACUUUAUUUCCUUUGUAUGUAAAUUCUGAGUUUGAAAUAAGGGUUGAGAAUUAAGUAGCAUUCAAUAUAUAUUAGAGGGGAAGCUUUUGCCCUUCAUAUCAGCAGAAUUGGUACUAUUUAGAAGUAAACCAAAGGACAAGCAAGAGUGAGUAUAACCAAAGAUGAAUGGCAUAACUCUGGAUAGCUGGAUAAACCACUGCUUGUUAUAAGAAAUCUUUCUAUCCUGCUGGUGUGGGGCAGUAACUGUGAAAGAGCUUUAUAUGUUGUCUAUCCACCUAUGGUGUUAUCAUGAUUAUAUAUUAUAGAGGGUAAUAAGCUUGAUUUUUUUCCUCUGGAAACAAAUAUUUAUUUAUGUAGUUGUACAGCUUUAUAAAGAAAAGUAAUGAAGGCAAAUAACUUAGAGCUAGAAAUUCUUAAGUAUUUUUAGAAUCUACCAAUUUCAACAUCUGCUGAAUAAGGCAAGCUUGAGUGGGUAGCAAAAUUGUCUCUAGUUUCCGUCUGUCCUUAGUAGUUGAAUCAAUGGAUAUCCUUAAUGAAGUUAUACUGUCAGUAAAGGUUAAUUGUUUCACAGGACUACAUAUGAAACCAGUCAUCUCUGUACUAGUCAUAACAGUGAAACAUUAAAAAAUGAUGACCAAAUGGAUGUCAAAUAUACUCUUAAAUAACACCUAACAUAGCAAGUUUCACUUGAUUCAGAGAACUGCUGGGUUGGUGAACCGUGGAGGUGCGCCAGGAGAGGGCAUGGUAGUUCCCCAUCCCUUCCCACCCUGGCCUUGUGCAUUGUCUCCGUCUGGCUGCUUUUGCAUUCAGCUGUCAACGUAAGAACAUCCAGACCUGCCCUCUCCUUCCUUGCAUGCCCACUGCCUUAAUCAUAAGCCCUAAAGACGAUCAGUUCUGGUCAGCAGCAGCCUUAGGUACGAAGCCUCGGGUCUUAUUAACAUGACCAUUUUUCUUCUUUGUAUUUUUUGCAACUUCCCCAAAUCUCCAGAAAGAUCAGAUAUGCUUAUUUCUUGUUCAGUUAACAGCCAGAUGAAGAGAUUUCAUAGGGCCAGGUCUUGAACAAAGUUUUUGUUGUCUUGGAACUUGGGGGCCCUGGCAUGCUGGCCCAUGAAAGGAUUCCGAUUCCUCAACUUGGGAACCCCAAUAAGCUUGAUUUAAGUCCUUUAUUCAGUUGUGUAUCUUGUUAAUCAUUUUUUUAAUUAGUUGACAUACAAUAGUUUCAGGUGUACAACCCAGUGGUUAGACAUUCUAUAGUUUACUAAGUGACCAUCCUGAUAAAUCUCGUAUCCAUAGGACACCAUACAUAGCUACCAGACUAUUAUUGACUAUAUUCCCUAUGCUGUACUUUAUAUCCCAUGACUGUUCUGUAACUACCAAUUUAUACUUGUUAAUCCCUUCAACCCCCCUCCCAUCUGGCAACCAUUAAAAUGUUCUCUGUAUUUAUGAGUCUUUUUCGGUUCUGCUUGUCCGUUUGUUUUUUUAGAUUCAAGUGUUGAUAGGUUAAGUAUUACUGCCAUUUUAUUGUUCAAUUUUGGUCUUUUUUCCCCCCUUCUUCCCCUUCCCCCAGAAGACCCUUUACCAUUUCAUGUAAUACUAGUUUGGUGGUGACUAACUUCUUUAGCUUUUCUUGCCUGCAGAGUGCUUCUUUAUAUGAUCAUCACUUUGAAUAUUUCUUGCCAAUCCCUUCUGGCUUGCAAAGUUUCUGUUGAGGAAUCAGCCGACAGUUUUAUGGGAGCUCCCUUGUAGGUAACUAUUUUUCUCUUGCUGCUUUUAAGAUUGUUUUUAACCUUUUGCUUUUUAAUUAUGAUGUGCUUGGUGUGGGCCUUUUGGGGUCCAUCUUGUUUGGAACUCUCUGAACUUCCUGGAUUUGUAUGUCUAUUUCCUUUACCAGGUUAGGGGUUUUCUGUCAUUUUUUUCAAACAGAUUUUCAAUUUCUUGCUCUCUCUUCUCCUCUGGCCACCCCAUGAUGCGGCUAUUGGUACGCUUGAAGUCCCAGAGCUCCUUACACUGUUCUUAUUUUUUUGGAUUAUUAUUUUGCUGUUCUGAUCGGGUGUUUUUUGCUUCCUUAUAGUCCAAAUUGCUGAUUUGAUUCUUAGCUUUUUCUACUCUAUUGUUGUAAAUUAUUCUUCAUUUCAGUUAGUAUAUCCUUCAUUUCUGACUGGUUCUUUUUUUAUGGUUUCCAUGUCAUUUUUCAUGCUGCUGAAGUUCUAAGUUAGUUGAGCAUCCUUAUAAUCAGUGUUUUGAACUCUGCAUCUAGAUUUCUUGUUUCCAUUUUGUUUAGUUCUUUUUCUGGAGUUUUGUUCUUUCAUUUGGGACAUUUCUUUGUCUCCUCAUUUUGAUAGUUUCCCUGUGUUUGUUUCUGUGUAUUAAGUAGAGCUGCUACAUCUCUCAGGCUUUGUAGAGUGGCCUAAUGCAGUGGGUUUCCUAUAGUGUCCAGUGGCAUAGCCUCCUCGAUCACUCAAGCUGGGCACUCCAGGUGCAUCCUGUGUGUGGGCUGCAUACCUCCUGUAGUUGAGCCUUGAUUAUUGUUGGCACCUCAAUGGGAGGGAUUUUAGUUGUGUAUUAUUUGCACUAUUUCUGUUGUGUCAUGUGCAAUCUCUUGACCAAGCCUAUUUUAAAACUCUGGUAGAGUACCAUUUUAUACAUAGUCUCAACUCCAGAAUUGGUAUUGUUUGCAUGGAAAGAUUAAUAGCACUGAUUAGCUUUGUAAUAUUUUGCACUUUUGAAAUGUCUGUUUUUUUUACAUGAUUAUAUUUAAAACUCGAGUAAAUACUGAAAUAAAACCAUAUGGACCCGUU